AUGCUCGAGGAUCUCCAGGAAAACGGGCAGCCUCGCCCGCUCUCGGGGUACGGGGAAAGGCCGGCCCCGGGGGCACCGGGCAGGAGCGGGGCCCGAGCCCAGCCCAGCGCUGCCCCCCGGCCCCCGCGGGAAAGGGGGUUUCUUUGUUCAGCAGGAGCCGCCGAGCGCUGCCCCAAGUCCCGCGCUGCCCGAAGUGCUGCCAACUGGGGCCAACUUGGGAGAGUCCUCGCCCUCCCUCCUCCCGACGAGGCUCUGGCCGCAGCCCCAGGAGCGAACGGGGGAAAGAGAAGGAGCGGCUCCCAAGAGCUCCCCCAGCUGCACUGCAUCGCCCCAGCCAGCCUGAAGGGAGAAGCAAACGGAGAGCAGACAGACCACGCACCCUCGCUCCGCCUGCAGCUCAGCUCGGCUCUCCUCGCCUCCUCCCCGGCCUGCCAGCUCCUUCUCCCUUCAAAACUUUCCCCGAUGUUGUGUUGCCGGGCUCGGGGUGGGUGCUUCGGCUCCGCUGCUUGCCCGCUCCGCCCGCCUCCCAGACGAUUUGCAGCUGUAGAGAGGUCUGUGUCGCUCUCCCUCGACGGCUGCCGGAGCUCCCGCUGGGAACUACCAGGGGCUGCAGCUGGAAUGGAGCCGGCGAGGAGGGAUGAGAAGCUGGAGAAAGUUGGGUUACUCCUGCCAGACACCGGCUGGAAACCGCUCGGCAGGUUGCCUGCCCCACCGCUUUUUCCCGAAGCACCAAAAUCUCCUGCAAAAGUUGCCGGGAGCGUCACCGCUCCCCAGCCGGCCGGAGGGCGCUCCGCUCCGCCGGUCCUUGACGGGGCGUCCGGCGGGACACCGCACCGCACCGCUCCCCGCCGCCCGGGCUGGCCCGGGGCCGUCUCUCCCCUCCCUGCCUGCCGGCGCUGCCCGGCGCGCCGUGUUUUCUUCCCCUUUGGCUUUCCAGGAUUUUUCCCCUCCCCUCUUCACCGUUUCAUUCCCCUUCUUUAA